AUGAACGUGACGGAUGAGCUGAGGCAGCAGGAACGGACCCAGCUGCUUAACAUAUUCAAACGGUUCAAAGGGGACAAGUGCCUCUUUUUCGAAAAGUCCUUGCAUAUCAUCCUGAACGUGGUCCUAAACGACGAUGACAUUAAAAAAGAACGCAUAGAGCAUGUAUUCCUCCUGGACAACGAAACAGAAGUUAACGUGAGCAAGCUGGACAAGGUGAAUAACAUCCUCUUCUUUUUGCGCCCCAACUUUUAUGAAGUCGAAAAUGUCUUUAAGAUAAUUGAAAGGGUUGCAAAAAGUGAGGGAGACAAAUUGGGAGGGAGCCAACUUGGGGGGGAGGAUCCCCCCGGGGGUGGUAGAAGAAAGUAUGCCCUGGUUUUCAUUCCCUACAUGACUCCGAUGUGCGAAGCGGAAAUAUUAAAACACAACCUCUUGGACAUCCACAUUCGUGUGAUCGUCUUUCCUCUUUACUUCUUCCCACUGUACAAUGAUGUCUUCAGUCUGGAAAUAAAGGGACUCUACAAGGAGUAUUACGUGGACGGCGAUUUCACCAACCUCCUAAUGUGUUCCUUCAGCCUUAUGUUUCUACAACACCUUUUCAAUGGAGUUUUCAGAAGUAUCAAAUCCUUGGGUCAGUUAUCACACUUUAUAGUAGAACAGUUAAUACAACUGAGGAAGGAAAUUGUGGCAACCAACUUCGACAUACAGCCACCCAACAAGUUCGAUGAAGACUUCCUAGACGUCAUUACCAAUUUGCAAAACGUGCAGGACGUCAGACACGUCCAAGAUUCAGGACAACCACUCGCCAUCCCGCUGAAGUACGCUCUGCAUAAAAUUUUCCUCUCGGAGCGCAACCGCGGAAGGGCCAGGAGGAGCAGUCACACAACCAGCAAAGGGCAGAAAGGGACCCAUUCAGGAAAACCACCCCCUGGAGAGAAGAAAAAUAGGGGAAAUAAAUCCCAAACGGGGAGUUGCUCGGAGGGGGAGGAAGAUAACGAAGCUGAAGCUGACGGUGAAGAUGGUAGUGAAGAGGGCAGUGAUGACAAUGAUGAUGAUAGUGACCGUGACGAUGCGGUGGAGGGAGACCCCCCCGGGGGGAUCGAAGACCCACCAAACGGAACGGAAGAAAAAACACUCAAGCCGGAGGAACACCCACAGGGGGAAUCGACAAGAACGCGCAACGAACAGUCGAUUAAGAGGGAAAUGCCAUCACAGGAAAUAUUCGUACAAACGGGAGGAGUUUCGCCAAACGGACAGGUAAAUAGCGACUCUCCUUCAGACCGGUCAAGGAAAUCCAGAGGGGGAAUUAAAAAAAGAGACACCUCCAACAGUGGCAGGGAUGGAAAUAAAAGUCCAACCUCCAGUGAGGAGGAAAUGCCCCCCACUACUACAGGGCGUAAAGCAGGGCAGAUAAAGGGAGCCAUGCAGGGGAAGACAAGGAAAGAAGGUCUACAUGGCCGUCCCUCCAAAGGGGAAGCCAAAAGGGUAAUCCAACCAUUCGAGGAGAAAGGAACUGACUCAUCGGAAGAGGCAUCUGUUACGGGGGAAGACUACGAGAGCAACUCGGCCAGCACGGGUCCCAAUUUCAUGGCGAAGGAAGACAAUACAAACUUCCUAUUGAAAAAAAAUGACAAGCAGGAGAUGGAACGGAAAAACAAAAGGGAGAAAAGCUACCUACAGGAGAAGCUAGGUAUAGCUAACUUUAAUUUCCUCCUUAACGUGUCCACGAAGGUUGACUCCUGUGUGAUCAUCGACCGGAGGAUUGACAUGGUGACUCCCUUUUGCACACCCUUCACGUAUGAGGGGUUACUGGACCACCUGUUUGGCAUCUCCAACUUACAAAUAGAAGUUCCUCGGUAUAUUAUAUUUAACGAGGUGAAUAAUCCAGGGGGGGAAGCCAAAAAGGAAAAGAAGGAACAACACCACAACCAGAAUAACAGGGAUGUUUUAAAAAACAUGAUGGUGAGGAUAAAGCUGAAGAACUCGGUGGAUGUGCUCUACAACGACAUAAAGGAUCUGAGUCCAAACCAAGUCGGGUUGUACCUGCACAACAAAGCUAGCGAAAUACAAAAAACAUACAAGGAAAAGGAUACACUGAAGGACAUAGAAGAGAUAAACCAGUUUUUGAAAAAAAUUAAAGUGAAGCAUUUUGAACACAAUUCCUUGUCCACUCAUGUGAAUCUCGCUUCCUUCAUCCUAACGACAAUGAAGAAAGAACCCAACUUUAAUAAGCUCAAAUUGGAAGACGAAAUAAUUCAGUUAAAUAGUACAUCCAGUAGGACCACUCUACAUAACAUCGUCCAGCAGAUUCAACUUCUUAUAUAUUCCAAUGAAGACGUCUACGAAGUGUAUCGACUUUUGUGUCUCUUCUCUGUCGUAACAAAUGGCUUCAGUGAGACCUACACCAAUGAACUGAAGAAAGACAUCCUCGAGAAUUAUGGCAUAAAUGAACUGAGUCGUAUAAAUAAGCUGCAUCUGUGUAACAUUCUAAAACAACAACCGAAGCAGAAGUUCAUUUGGAGCCAUUUGAGGAACCACUUCAAUCUACUCUCCAAUGAGCACAACGAUAUAUCCUACGUUUGUAAUGGGUAUGCUCCUCUUUCUGUCAGGCUAAUAGAAUACAUGGGCAUAUUAAAAAACAACAUGCAGGCUUUUCCAGAGAUAUUUAAUCUGCUGAGCGGACCUACCCUCGAUAUUGUACAGAAUGCCGUUGGAUAUGGCAAGUUUGGCAUCGACACGGGGAAGAGGGCACCCUGGGGGGAAGACGCACACGCAGAUGCAGACGCACAGAAGGACGUUGUGCUGCUUUUCUACGUGGGUGGCAUUUCCUACGCGGAGAUAGCCGCCAUCCGUAACCUGAACCGGCACAGCCAGACCUACCACUACUUGAUAUUCACCACGGAGGUCAUCAGCUCCAGGCGCCUCCUGCAGGGCCUCGCCGCGCCAUAG